AGAAAAUGUGCUUAUCACAAAAAUACUUUUAUUGCAGUCUCUAAAGAAAAUACACACUUUAAAACCAGGAGAGAGUCGUUAAUAAACUGAUCCACAAACAAAUGAUCGCAUUCUACUCUAGUUAUUCUGACUGACUGGCUGGCCGGCUGUUAUUAUUAUUAUUACGAUCAUUCCGAUCAUUCGCAGCAGUUAAGGUCGUUUGAGUAGAAGUAUAUUUUUAAAUUUAUUUUCAUUUUUUUUUAUUUGUUUUUUUUUGUUCAAUCGAAAGAAAACAAAAGUUUUAUUCAGUUGAGUUCUGUGCACUUUUGUUUAGUUCAGCUGACUAGUAUAAAAAUAUAAAAAUAAUAUUUACUUUAGCUGUUGUUUUCCUGCAUACAAUUCAAUACUUACAGUUACAGUUCUUAAAUUCAAAUAACAGUCAUUAAAUCAUCAUAGAUUCGGCAAGGCACCUUUCGAACACGUGAGAGUGGACAAAGGGAGGUGAUAGAGAGAAAAGGGCCUCCUCAACUUGAAUGUGGAUUGAUUUCAUUCAUCGAUAAUAAUUAAAAAAAAGAAGAAUUUAUAUUGCGGUUUUUUAAACGUUGAACUUCUAAAGUGAUUGUUAUUAUUAUUGACAAAACAACAUCAACAGCCACAAAAAAUGUUUACUUUGUCGCAUUUGUUAAUGUAACAACUGCAGGUUCCCGAAAAUUUAUCUCUGUUAAGAAGAGAUUACUGAGAAGAAACCGUGCUUCCUGUUUGUUUCUUAAUAGUUUAUUUCAACCAAUAAAUAGAUAAAGGAAAAACAAUUAAAAUGACAACUGUAGAAGCUCGUACUGUUUUAUGGUAUUUGGCAUUUGUGGGUUUCGCGGUCAAUUACAUGAUCCGUAUAAAUCUCAACAUAACCAUUGUGGAAAUGAUAGCGACCAGUGGUGGUAAGUCAAUGAAACAACAGAUGACUUUAUCAAACGAUGAUUCACUGAUAGCAGCAAUGAAUAGCAGUAAUAUGAUCGCUUAUAUUGAUGGAUCCAAUCAGACAACUGCAAUACAUCAUGGUAUUGAGCACAAAGUCAACAAAUAUUCUUUAGAGAAACAUAUUUUAAAUAUAACAAAUAUUGAGUAUGAGAGAGAUGGUUUUCAUUGGAAUGAAUAUCAACAAGGUCUGGUGCUGGGCUCAUUUUUCUGGGCUCAUUGGGUCACUCAAAUACCGGGUGGAAUUUUGGCCAAAAAAUAUGGCACCAAAUUGGUAUUUGGUCUUUCGAAUGCCAUUGGUUGUUGGAUGUGUUUUCUAAUGCCCAUUGCAUCGUAUUGGGAUUACAGAGCCUUAAUUUGGUUACGUAUUAUACAAGGUUUAAUAACAGGUUUAGCUUGGCCAGCAAUGCAUGUUCUAACCGCCAAAUGGAUACCACCGAACGAGAGAAGUAAAUUCGUGACCGCCUAUUUGGGUAGUUCUGUGGGCAUAGCGUUAUUUUAUCCACUCUUUGGCUAUAUGAUGCAUUGGGCUUCAUGGGAAUGGGUCUAUCAUGUCUGCGGCAUUUUGGGCACAUUUUGGUGGCUGGGUUGGCUAAUAUUUGUUUACGAUAGCCCGGCUGAGCAUCCGCGCAUUAGCGUUACAGAAUUGAGAUACAUAGAGAAAUGUCUAGGAUCUUCUGUUCAAACGACACACUCACAAGCCCAGGGUACACCAUGGAAGGCGAUUCUAACGUCCAGACCUGUCUGGAUGAAUGUCAUAGCACAAUGGGGUGGCAUUUGGGGUCUUUUCACACUGAUGACUCAAGCGCCAACUUACUUUAGAGUUAUACACAACUGGAAUAUAAGAGCGACCGGAGUACUAUCGGGGCUACCACAUUUAAUGCGCAUGCUGUUCGCCUAUGGCUUUUCGUUAUUUGCUGAUUAUUUAUUGAAAUCGAAUAAAAUGAGUCGCACAAAUCUGAGAAAACUGGCUACUGCUAUAUGUUGCAUUGUUAAAGGUCUGGUUGUAGUGGCUUUGGCCUAUUUUGGACAUAAUUCUACAGCAGCCAUUGUAUUCUUAACUGUAGCUACCAUGUUUCAUGGAGCAGUAUCGUCUGGGCCUUUAGCCUCUAUUGUAGACAUAGCGCCCAACUAUGCUGGCAUUGUUUUGGGUAUAAGUGGCAUGAUUGGCGUGCUUCCCGGAUUCAUAUCACCCUAUAUAGUGGGGAUUUUAACUUUAGGAAAUCAAACUUUUGAAUCUUGGAAACAUGUCUUCCUAAUAUCAGCGGCCAUGCUAAUCGGCUGUGGUGUUUUGUACGUUUGUUUCGCUGACUCAACUCUACAAGACUGGAAUGGUCAUUCACCUCAAUCGGGCGAUAAGGAAUUGCAAUUGUUAAAUGAAGAGAUUGUGCACAAAGAACCCGAAAAGAAGCCUCUGGAAGACAAGAGUAAAGAAUCUCUUAAGAAAUGAAAAAAAAAUACAAAAUACAAAUUUCAGCUUUCUUUGCACCCACCCGCAUUUUCAUCGGUUGUUCUGGCCUAUUAACUUUAAAUAGCGAUUAUUUGUACAUAGAUAGUCUAGAUUAAAUUUAAUUUAAUUACUUGUUAUAUAUUUUUUGUUUGUUUUGUUGUCGGUUGUUAAUGUCCAAUGUGAUAUACAAAUAUAAAUUUACAUAUUUACUUAAGAAAGUGAGAGAAUGAAAAAAAAAACUCAUAGUCAUUUCUACACAAUAUGUACCAUCCAAAUUAAACAAAAGUUCACAUGUGUAUAUUUCUAUUUACUUUUUUUUUUUUUGUUAACUUUUAUUAAGUAUUCGUAUGUAUUUACUUAACUAAGAUUUGCCACCUCACAGAGAUAAGAUUUUAACUUUAUCAUCACAUUUUAAAUUAAACAAUUUUUUAACACUUUUAUAAACCCUGCUAAUCCUCGAGGCAAAAAUUUACAACUCAACUGGAGGAACUCACAAUCAACUCUCACGCCCCGAGAAUACAUAUUGUUAAACCUUUUAAGUAUUUCAGUAUUAUGCGAAAUUAUGUAUUAAAGUCAAUAUUAAAUUAAACAAAUAAAAGAAACUCUAUGAACAUUUA